AUGUCCGGAGGAACCAGCACAACAGAAGUAGAACCCACCACAACUCCAGCGGAUGCUCCCCAAGACGCCAAUGUUGGAUGCGUCGGUCCCACUUCCGAAACUGCUGGCAAGUCCAGUGCCUGUGCGGGAUGUCCCAAUCAAUCGGCUUGUUCCUCCGGCAAGUUCAAUUCACCAGAAGCACAAGCAGCAGCCCAAAAACAAACACAAGCCUUGCAACAAUCCCUAGACAAUGUCAGUCACGUCAUUCUCGUGUUGAGUGGAAAGGGCGGCGUGGGGAAGUCGACACUCUCGGCCCAAUUGACGCACACCCUUGCGGCCCAAGGAUAUGCCGUCGGUUUGCUCGAUGUGGAUUUGUGUGGACCCUCGGCACCCCGCAUGGUCUUGGGAGAUGCCUACAAAACGGCACAAGUUACCAAAUCGGCCUCGGGUGCUUGGAUCCCCGUCUACAGCGCCGAGCAUCCCAAUAUGGCCUGCAUGAGCAUCAGUUUCCUAUUGCAAGAACACGAUUCGGCUGUGGUAUGGAGAGGACCACGCAAAAAUGGUUUGAUUCAACAAUUCUUGACCGAAGUCGACUGGACGGGCGAAACGGAUGGCCUCGAUUAUUUGAUUGUCGACACUCCUCCUGGUACCAGUGACGAACACAUUUCCACCGUCCAAUAUUUGCAACAGGCCACGGCCGUCAGUGGAGCUGUCAUUGUCACGACUCCAGAAGAAGUCGCCAUGGCCGAUGUCCGCAAGGAAAUUAAUUUUUGUCACAAGACCAAAAUUCCAAUCUUGGGAUUGGUGGAAAACAUGGGCGAAUUGCAAUUGCCACUGGAAAAGUUGCAAUUCUUUCAAACUGCUGGCAGUAGUAGUGAUAGUGCUGAAAAUACCAAUGUCACGGAACAAUUGAUGCAAGUCUUACAACAACAUUGUCCAGAAUUGUUGACCAAGACCAAUGUCAAAAUCGACUUGUUUCCACCCUCCCAUGGAGGUCCCAAGGAAAUGGCAAAGAAUUUCAACAUUCCAUACUGGGGCGUUUUGCCCAUGGAUCCACAACUAUUGGAAGCCUGUGAGAAUGGCAAGACCUUUGUGGAAAUGUGUCCGGAUAGCACUGCCGCCAAGGCAUUGAAUGGAUUUUGCCAGACGAUUACUAAGGAACUCACCGUAGAGGAAGUAUAG